GUCUGGUCUCGUCGUCGUCGGAACGGAACAGAACAGAACACGUUCACUUCCAGCCAGACCCGGGUCAGGCCAGUCGACUGUCGACGCUCGCGGGAAACGGUUUGGUUUUUUCGUUCGUUCGUCGUGGCGCGAAUUUUCGCAAAAAGUCUUGGUCGGUUUCGAAAGUUUGGUGAAUCGGUGGGCCCCACGUGUUUGGCGAUCGUUGCGGGAAAGUUCGAUUUUUCUUGGCAGAUGAGUUUGUGAAAAAGUGUGAAACGCCAUCACUUGGUUCAGUUCGAGGGUGAUAGAUCAAAGUGUUGAAGUGGCCACGAAGGUUGGUCUUGAAUUGUUGAUUUUGUAAUUAGGAAAGUGGCGGAAAACUUGUUCAAGGGGUUUGAACUUGCACCGUCGUAGGAUGUUUGAACGAGAUUUUUCUCGUUUUUUUUGUGCCAGUGAAUAGAGGUCACUUCAGUGGAAUAAAAAGGAUGCACCAAUGCUGCUGCUACUCUAAUUGAGUGCACGGAAGUUGUAAUUAAGUGAGUGCUUGCUUGCUAAAGUGAGCAAAACCAGUUAGUAAGUUUGGAGAGAUGUGAUUUCCGAUGCUGGAGCAGCUAAAUUCCCGUGAAAUCUAAUUAGUGAAGAGUGGUGUAUUCGUUCUCGGAUAAUUCAAUUAUUUAAGUAGAAUUAGGUGAGAAGAAAAAACCCUCUUUUUUCUCCCAUGGAGUCACCCCAUCCGUUGAAUGUGACGGAACUCAUCCCGGUAGAUCUGGUCCAGUACCUGGACCGGCAGGUAUUGGCCACCGUCGAGGACAUUACCGGCUCGAACCGGAUCCAGAAAUCGGUGAGGAUGCUGGAGCCCACCGACGUGACGGUGGCCUUCGAUGUGGCCAUCGAUCAGGUCACCGAGUACGAACCGUACGAGGAGCGGCUCGAGACGUACGUGAUUCCGGUGGUAUUUGCCAUCAUAUUCUUCGUCGGCAUCCUCGGCAACGGGACGCUGGUGGUCAUCUUCCUACGGCAUCGAGCGAUGCGGAACAUUCCAAACACCUACAUCUUCUCACUUGCCCUGGCCGACCUGCUGGUGAUUCUGGUGUGCGUCCCGCUGGCAUCCAUCAUCUACACCCUGGAGUCCUGGCCGUGGGGGGUAACGCUGUGUCGAGUUACGGAAUGCUUCCGGGAAAUCAGCAUCGGCGUAUCGGUGUUCACGCUGACCGCGCUGGCCGCCGAUCGGUACUGUGCCAUCGUGAAUCCACUCCGGAAGCUACAGACCCGCCCAAUUACGGUAAUAGUGGCCGUUUUCAUUUGGUUGCUAGCGAUUGCACUGGCCAUGCCCUCGGCAAUCGUGUCCGACGUGGUCCAGGUGGACAUCCCUAACAAGACCAUCGAGUACUGCUCACCGUUUGGCCAGCGAACGAACGAUUCGUUAGCGUACUCGAAGUUCAAAACGGUGGUCAACUCCACGGUGUACUACUUCCUUCCGCUGGCAAUCAUUGGCAUCCUGUACAUCCUGAUGGCGUACCGGUUGCAUGCGAGCGCCCGGGACAUGCCGGGCGAAAACACGGGCCCGCAGAGUCGGUCCCAGGCGCGGGCUCGGAGACACGUGGCCCGGAUGGUGAUUGUGAUGGUGCUGGUGUUUAUCGUUUGCUUUCUGCCGCACCACGUGUUCCAGCUGUGGUUCCACCUGAACCCGAACACCGAGGAGGACUACGACGACUUUUGGCACAUUCUGCGGAUAACGGGAUUCUGUCUGAGCUUCCUAAAUUCCUGCAUCAACCCGGUGGCCCUGUACUGCGUGUCGGGCGUGUUCCGGCAGCACUUCCACCGGUACCUGUGCUGCCGGCAAAUGUCCGUCCAGCGGCGCAUCGGAAUGUCCUCGGCGGGGAACGCCUGCGAGACGAGCUUCGUGUCGACGAUCCGGCGAUCGCAGCACAACCACAGCAUCCGCAAGUCCCUGUCGGUGCACUCCGUCCAGAGCACCAAAAGGUGAGGCAGCGUCCGGCUGAUGGUGUACUUCAAGGGCGUCGGGAGCGGUGGCACCGGCGGCACUGGAUCCAACGGCCGGAAACCAUCGAUUCGUUAAACGAGGGAGGCGGUGAUUUGCUGAGUAAACCGAGUGGUAUUAGAUCAUUGCUCACGUCGGGGCUUGAUCAGUGUGGUGUAAUUAGGUGAAUUUAAUGCCGGUUUGAAAAUGGCAGCACUUGAUCUCUUAAUGUCAAAAAUCAAAUUAAAUAACGAAUUAAAUGGAUAGUUAUAUACACAAAGUGCAGACCAAAAACUAGUUGAAUGUAGAUAUAAACUGAACGACAUGUUGAACAAAAAUCAAAUUAAUCACCAAAGUAUGUAUUUUUUUACAUAAGUUAUUGAAAAAAGCGUAUGCAAUCCUAUAAAUCUUUAUAUUGAGAUCUGAAUAAAACAUGUUUGACUUUAUAUAUGAGACCGAUUUAUGCAGCUUUAAACUGGUACUAUUGAGAGUGUAAAUAAUAAAAUAUCGUUCCUUUGUUCCUUGGGACAACCAAAUUUAUUGUUGCAGAACAGGGAAUCCUUCGUCGAUGAGAUAGAGAGAGCAGAGCAUAAUUAGUGCGGAAUACGUAUCAUUGUGUGUCGGAUAAUGAAGCACCCAAAUUGCAUUUCCAAUUGAUGGAAAAGCUGUGUUUGCUGUAGUCGGCACCAUUUGUGGACGCAAGUGUGACUUAUUUGCAAGAACUCAGUUUCCUGGCUAUUACCACUGUGGAUAUGAACAAAAAUCAAAUGAGACAAAUUUGCUGCUUGAACUUGGGCUCUAAUUGGACUCAUAACAACGAGUUUACUGCAGGAUGACUCUGAAAUGGGUUGUUUUACAAGGGCUGUCACAGCAUUGUUUUUUAAAGCACAAAUAAUUUAAUGAAUGAGUUACCAUUUGAUGAGGUCUGUUCAUUAUGUGUUUGCGACUAUUUAUAUUUUUUAAUUCAAU